AUGACGAAGUUUCUGUGCCGUAUAGCAGAACUGGCUGAACUGCUGGGACGUACACUCGACCCUUCACAGACAGCCGGAUGUCACAACGGACGUUACUUUUAUUGUCGAAAUAUCAACAAAUUGGAGCUUAUCAGUCCGAUUCGUCUCCAAGUUGAGCUUAAUACCCGCGAAGCUAUUGCUGAAUAUGAUACGCUGGAAUUGGCGAGCGAUUCUGUCAAAAAGUGUUUGGAGCCACUGAGGCCUCCAUCGGCCAAAGUGAACAGCGGGCGAUCGUUCGCGGAUCAGGGUGCUAAAUCUUAUCUGGAACGACGUCGAAAACACGGGCUGCCCAGCCUGAAACGGGUACUACAAGAAUCAAAUGAUUCGGUAAAUCGUGUCCGACGAGGAGCCAGUUUCUUUGGACUGUUGAAUGAGGAAACGAUUAACAAGGUUACACGAUUUUGGACAGAACGUAAACGCUUUGAAAAUCAACGAAGAACGCAAAUUAUGCCCCCGAAUCGUCGUCAUCUGCUCGGUCACUUGGCCACACAAACUCCGAGUCGAGAGGCCAGUACAACCAUGAGCGGUGUACAAACCAGUCAGCUGACCAUACAAACCGCGGACAAGAGUAUUAGUCAAAGUUUGUUGCUAGAAGAAAAGCGAUUGGAGGAAGAGGAGGCUAAGGAGGAUGCGUUGUUGGUGGACGAGCCGGAAAUGAUUGAACUCACAACGAAUCUGUUGUCUACCGGGUGGCAACCACCAAAUCAAAUUCGAGAAAUAAUUGCGCAUAUGAGUCCUGUCCCACCUGGGUCCCGUUCGAAUGAGCCGAAGGGAAUACAUGCAAACCAGAAAGUCUCAUCCGCAGUUUCUCGACGUCGCCGACGACUUCGCGCGCAAUGGCUUGAUGAACAGCCCCGUCCUUACACCCCGAUCCACUUGAACAUUUGCAGACCCGGUCUUGGACACGAUUUACAUGUGUCAGAGGAAAAGCUACGAUUGACUGGACUGUUAAGCCAGCAGACUCUCCGUUCGCCGGUUGAUCAUGAAAAAACCGGGGGACGACCAACAAAUGCGGAGGACCAAUUUAAGGGAAUCGGAGAAACUUCUUUGAGAGAACGAUUGAUUGAAGAUAUUCUCUACUCACAACUCUGCUGUCUGCACUGGCUACUGGAGCAAAUGAUCACUGGGCCGAAAGAUUCGCAUAUCAGCCCGAUUGCUCUGCCCACCGCCGGGGUUCAACGAAAUCGGCCCGAAUCUGGAAGUUUAACCAGCUCAGUCCCGACUGCAGACGGCCCCGAGAAGACUAUCUCGGCAGAUCAAGAAUGGUAUCAGUUAAUCUGCGGAGUGGAUCGACUAGUUAAAUUGAGAGCUCGAAGUCGCAAGGGCUGCGUAAAAUUGAGAAUAGUUGGUUCCUUUGGUAAUUUGAGUGCUGAGAUACGGUUCGGAUUUUGUAAUGCACAGGUUCGAAUUCUGUUUAUCAAAGCACAGUUCUUCUAUCCAGAAAUCCCUGGAACAGAUCGAACGGACAUGUCGGAUCAGAGGACCCCGUCAGCCAAAUCUAUUCGACGGAAGACGUCGGCCGCUCGAAGUCGGUUGCGGCCGGAACGGAAACCCUCGGGUGAUGCGAAUGAGUCCACACACACAACCCAGUCCACAUCAACCCCGAGCUCCAGUCUGGGUGGCCCCACCAGGCGGGCGAGUAUGAAUGCGUUCCAGUCGGAGGAGGAAUCCACGUCUACAACUCCACUUCAUUUGGCCUCGGGAAACUCAUUCGGACUGGAGUUGAGACAGAAAACCCUGACUAUCGAGGAUGAUAAGGACGACGGAGAGGAGCUGAUGACCGCGGUGGUGGAGAAUAAAAAAACGGAUCAGACGGUUAUCCCUGGAUGGAUCAGUGCACGUGAUGUGCGCGAUCGAUAUUCCCGUGUUGUUCUGAGCGAAAUGGCUAAACAAAUUGAAUUGGAUUUGGACAAGGAAAUUGCGAACGAACGGAUGGAGAAACUGCAUCGUAUUCACAAACAAUCCAUUCUUGAAAGACCGCGCACAAUCGAUUCAGUCGUGACAGCAACUAGUAGACCGCUGAAAAGUGCACAAUGGGAAAAGCUGCCACAAACUAUGCGUGUCCAGCUGACCGCAAUGCGUGAGCAAAUGUCCAUGGAGCUGCAAGAUCGUCUGAUGUACAUGCGCGAGUGA